AUGAGUGGUACCGAUGGGGUGGUCGGAAGCGCGCGGGACGAUGGACGCGACUCGCCGGCAAGCACUGACCAGCUAACGAAAUGUGCAGAGAAGGAGUCCUGCGAGGCGGAUUACGUUGCGAUAGGUAGCCGGCUGAGGGGCGCGAUGGGGACUCGUCCACCAGCUCGCUUCUGGCCCCAACUGUGGGCCACCGUCGUCCGGAAUCUUCUGCUCAAGAAACGCGACACACGGAAGACCCUCGCAGAAGUGCUGGUCCCUCUCUAUUCUCUGGGCGUCCUGAUCUUCCUGAAGAUGCUGGUGCCGAACCCUAACUUCCCAGAGGUUCGGGAACCUGGUCGAAUUCUCCGCAUUCACCAUGAUGCUUUUCCGGAGAAUCAUUCAGUGGCGGUGGUGGCGGAUUGGUGGAAAGCCAAUGGGACUGUGAGUUUUUUGGAGGACAUCAACAGCAUGCUUCUCGAGUCCGGACAGCCUGCCAUUCAUUGGAUCCGGUACAACGACACCACAGAGCUGAACGACGCGUACCACAACGACAGCAAGAACUUCCCCAUCGCCGUCAUCUUUCACACAGACCCCAGCGUUUUCGGAGAACCACUGCGGUACACCAUCAGAACCAACCCAUCCCACUCUGGGACUCCUUCUACACGCACCCUGACCACCUCCCCUGCUAAAUGCAGGGAGCGUACUGUGAAGGACUGGUCCUCAGACUGGUCUAGAGGUGGCCAGCUGAUCCCACUCUCGGAGAUGCACAGGGAAGACGCCUGUCCCGUUCUACAGUAUUAUUACUCUGGAUUCCUCGCUUUACAGACUCUGAUAGACUAUAUAAAGAUCAAGGUGGAUACAGGAACAGCAAUUCCACCUCCCCGAAUAGAACUGCGUCAGUUCCCCAAGCGCCAGCACACCGGGGACUGGCUGGUCAUCUUCAGAGUGAUCAUGCCUAUGUAUAUGGUGAUGACGCUGUCACAGUUCAUCACGUACCUCCUCAUGUUUGUAGUUGGGGAAAAAGAGAAGAAAAUCAGGGAGGGAAUGAGGAUUAUGGGCUUGAAAGAUUCGGUGUACUGGGGCUCCUGGUUUCUUAUCUACGCAGUUUUCGUUACUAUCUUGUCCUUCGUUAGCACAGUUUUACUCUUCACUCUGAAGGUAUUUCAACAUUCUUCGUAUAUCCUAAUAUUCUUGCUGAUGCUGCUGUUUGGAUUCACCAUCAUCACGUUUGCCUUCAUGUUAACGCCGUUCUUUGAUAGAGCCAGGACGGCCGGCAUCCUCGGCAGCUUUGCAGUAAAUUUGAUGAGUGGUCUGUACUUCAUCCAAGUGUUCGUUUCUAACGCGGACUCGCUCGCCUUCUGGUUCGUCUCGCUCAUCAGCUCCAGUUGUUACGCGCUUGCUAUGGACAAGGCUUUGGUCUUGGAUAUGGCCGGUGUGGGCGUGACAUGGGAGAACCUCUGGAGUGGACCUGGGGUACCGUUCGGUGGCAGUCUGAUCAUGAUGGCAGUGGACACAGUACUAUAUGGCCUGGCAGCGUACUGGCUCGAUGCUGUCAUACCUAGUGAAUACGGCAUCAAACAGAAGCCAUGGUUUUGUCUAUUGCCGUCUUUCUGGAUCGGUAGCAGACGUGGGAGAGUUUCAGCUAUACACUUCCACUCUAACGGCGAAGCAGCGCAUAACAAGGAUAUCGAACCUGUACCCAGGGAGCUCCAAGAAAAAGAAGCCAUCAGAAUUGUAGGCCUCCAAAAGAGUUUCAGACACUGUCGGAAACCUGAAAUCAAAGCUAUCGACGGCAUCGAUCUGAGCAUCUACGAAGGUCAGAUCACUGCUGUUUUGGGGCAUAAUGGUGCUGGCAAGUCCACGCUCUUCAAUAUCCUUACUGGACUCACCACGCCCACUGCUGGGACUGCUUAUGUAUAUGGACUGGACGUCAGGGAUCCGAACGACAUGUACGAGAUACGGCAGAUGAUAGGCGUGUGUCCUCAACAAGACGUGCUCUUCGAUUUGCUGUCCGUGAAGGAACAUCUGCAGUUCUUCGCUGCUGUAAAAGGCAUACCUCGCAAAAGGAUACCAGAUGAGAUUCACAAGUCGCUAGCGGAUGUCGGGCUGCUGGAUCAGGCCGGAGUGUUCUCUAAACAUCUGUCCGGCGGACAGAAGCGGAAGCUUAGUAUAGCCAUCGCUUUCAUUGGUGAUCCUAAAAUUAUAAUACUGGACGAGCCAACAGCUGGCGUAGACCCAGUAUCCAGGAGGCAGACUUGGAGAAUAUUGCAGAGAGCGAAGCGCGGGAAAGUAUUGUUGCUGACAACUCACUUCAUGGACGAAGCUGAUAUAUUGGGAGAUAGGAAAGCUGUGAUCAGUAAGGGCAGAGUGCGGUGUGCUGGGACUUCUCUGUUUUUAAAGAAUAAAUUUGGUAUCGGAUACCAUUUGACUCUGGUUCUGGACGGCGCAUGCCGUGAGCACCAGAUCACGCGUCUGGUGCGUGGUCACGUGCCUCGCGCGGAGAAGGCCCGCCGCCACGGACGCGAGCUGUCGUACAUCCUGCCGCACUACGCCGUGCACCUGUUCCCUCCACUCUUCCACGCCAUCGAGCACGAGAUCAAGGAGAAGACCAACCGGCUGGGUGUUACAAGUUAUGGCGUCUCAAUGACAACAUUAGAAGAGGUCUUCCUCAGUUUGGAAGGGGAGAAUGCUGAGGAGACGGAAGCUGUGGAAGGCGUAUCAUCAGUGAAGUUGGUGAGAGCACGAGCCCUCUCCAGGAGUCUAUCAUUGCAGAGCAAGACGCUUAGUUAUCAGGAGUUAAAUGAUAAAGAAACUCAGAAGACCACAUCACUACCAACGCCUCCGGCUUCACACGCGUUGCAUUCCACCACCCACGGCGUUGAACACGUCAAGGUAUUUGUGACACCUGAAGCGCCAGUAUCAGUGGACGCACUGGGCGAGACUGUGAAGACAAACCCAUCGUGCUGGCGGACGUUCUGCGCUCUCGUCUACAUCCGGACUGUGAGGAUGAUACGCGAUCCGUACAAAUUAUACGUUAUGAUCUUCAUGCCUAUCAUUUCGUGUGCUCUUGGUCUUUACAUGAAGUCCCGGCAAAUAGUAUUUUUUCGGAUGCAACCUCUCACUCUGGAUCCCGACGCAUAUUUCAAUAAGACCCCAAUAGCAAUACACAGUGAACAAAACAAUUACAAAGAGCUGUCCGGUUUACGGGUCUCAUUAGAGCUCCUUGGGGCACACCCUAUUAUAGAUUUUAACGGAAGCUUUGCAAGUUUACUGGACAUGGAGAAUUUUGGUGCUUUCAGUUUAAGGGAAAGUCUUAUUCCCUAUGCGAAAAUUAUGGCCUACUAUAAUAGCACUUAUACGCACAGUUUGCCUAUUAUAGUCAAUUUAUUAGAUAAUAGCAUUUAUAGAGUAUUAAUGUCUACAACUGGUCUCAUGGAGAACUUCAAACCGAUCGAAGUGUUGACGCAUCCGUUCCAGCAAACGGAGCAACAGGAGGAAUUCAACGUUGGUAACGUGGUCUGUGCCAUCUUCAUGGGCAUGAUCUUCGCUCUUGUGCCGGUCACGCUGGCUGUUGACAUCGUGUACGAUCGCGAGAUAAAAGCUAAAAAUCAGCUACGGGUGAAUGGCCUCUCAAUGAGUAUGUACUUCCUCACGUACUUCACUAUACUGAUCUUCAUCAUGAUCAUCACCAGCGCCGGAGUACUUGUUCUUGUGAUACUCAACGACAUUCCAAGCUUAACGAACGGGUCAGCCAUCACGAUGCUCUCCGGCCUGCUGUUGUUGUACAGCCCGUCCGCCAUUUUGUUCAACACGUGCCUCUCGUACGUGUUCGACAAAAUGGACUCCGCGCAAAGCAUUAUGCCGAACAUUACCACGUGGGUUGGGGUCAUACCUUUUAUAUUGGUGGCUGUUCUGGACACGUUUAAAUGGGGCAGUGACAUAGCAUUCUAUCUACACUUGGUGUUCAGUUUUCUGGACGUCAUGUAUAUACCGUACGCCAUCAUAUACUAUGUUGAUAGGGUGUACCUGACGUGCAACCUGCGCGGGCUGUGCCCGCAGCCGGCGCUGGCGCAGUACCUGACGGCGGAGGUGGUGGUGCUGGUGGCGGCCAUGCUGCUGCACGUGCCGCUCUGCGGGGCCGCGCUGCUCGCCGCCGACAGGCUCAAGUCUGGCGGACGGAUCUGCUCCAGGCCCCGAACCGCGUCAGAAACCAAAAGCGAUCUAGAAGCCGACGCGGGGGGCGAGGUGGGCGAGGACGAGGACGUGAGGCGCGAGCGACGCCGCGUGGCGAGCAUACUCAACCAAACCGCCAACACUUCGCCCGUGCUAGUUGUCCAUAAUCUACGCAAGGAGUACAAAGUCCGCGGCACCGGCACUACGGGGUGCUGCGGGGGCGGGGGGGGGGCGCGGCGCGCGGGGCUGGCGCGGCUCAGCCUGGCCGUGCACGGGGGGGAGGUGUUUGGUCUGCUCGGACACAACGGCGCCGGGAAGACCACCACCAUGAAGAUCAUCACGGCGGAGGAGAGGCCCACCUGUGGCGCGGUAAUGCUGGGCGGACAGAACGUAGACGAGGCCCAGACAUCUGCAUUCCAAAUGCUAGGAUACUGUCCCCAGCACGACGCUCUCUGGAAGAACGUCACCAUCCGGGAGCAUAUCGAGUGUUACGCUGCUAUCAGGGGAGUUAGCAAAAGUGAUACUCCCAGAAUAGUGGACGCGUAUCUUAACGGGCUCCAAAUAAUGGAGCACGCAGGGAAACACGCAGACGAAUGCUCGGGCGGGACGAAGCGGAAGUUGUCGUUCGCGCUGGCGAUGGUGGGCAACCCCAAGGUGGUGCUCCUGGAUGAACCGUCCACCGGCAUGGACCCGAGGAGUAAGCGGUUCCUGUGGGACACCAUCCUAGCUAGUUUCCAGGGUAAAAAAGGUGCUAUUCUAACAACACAUUCCAUGGAAGAGGCUGAUGCUUUAUGUUCAAGAGUUGGGAUAAUGGUGAAAGGCAGUUUGAGAUGUAUAGGAUCUACGCAGCAUCUGAAGAAUCUGUACGGCGCAGGGUACACGUUAGAAAUGAAAAUAGGCCAGAACAGUCAGAAGUCGAUGCUAGACCCAGAGUUAUCUAUGUCACCGUCACCACUCCGGUCUACUGAGAACUCGCCAUCGCUGGGAGAAGCUGAUGAGGGUGGAUCGGGCGCGGGCUCAGUGUGCGCGGGGGCGGAGGGCGAAGCGGAGGCGGACGCGGAAGCGGAGGCGGUGGACGUGAGCAUACACACGCCACUGGUGGCCGGCACGCCGCCGUCGCGACCACACCACCACAGGACGGAGUCGGGCGGCGGCGCUAGUGCGGACGCGGCGAUCGCGCUGGUGGCGCAGCUGUUCCCGGCGGCCGUGCUCGAGGAGAACUUCGCCGAGAGGCUGGUGUUCUCCGUGCCGCAGUCCUCCGUCUCCAGCCUCGCCAGCUGCUUCCAGCAGAUAGAGGACGCAAAAGAGAAGCUGAACAUAGUGGAGUACAGCUUCAGUCAGACAACACUGGAACAGGUGUUCCUGAAGUUCGCGCAGACAGAGACGGUGGACGCCGAAGCCGACCACUAG